CGUUCAUAUGGCAGUUUAGAACAACAGAUGAUCCCAACUUUGGUACUGAGGAAUUUGGAGACACAAAACAAAUCAACAACAUACAAUUCAACCAGGCAGGGGUAUACAGAUGCUGUGCCAGCAAUAACUUGAAUGGUUAUAGGGAAUGUAGUGAAUUGACAAUCAAUGUUGUUGCACCAAAGACAACACCAGUGUCUUCUUCAACGACAAUUGCAACAACAGUUACGCCUUUCAACUGCUCCAGUCCAGUUAUUCCAGCAAGUAGUUCAACGGGAAAUAUCGUCGGGGGAGUUCUUGGUUCACUGUUUGCCAUUGGCAUCAUCGCUGCUCUUGCAUUCUUUGUCUUCAAGCUGAACAAUGAAGUCAAACAAUUGAAGAAAGAAAACUCUCUAUUAC